GACGGAGCCGAUGGUGCCCAAGAUCAUUGAGUACAACAAGGCCAUCAGCCGCUGCAAGCAGUCCGGUCACUGGCAACGUGCAGUGGCGCUGUUGGAUGAGCUUCGUCGCGAGACCUUGCAGGCCACCGUGGUGACCUAUGGGGCCACCUUGAGCGUCAUGGAGCGCGCCUCCAGGUGGCAAGAUGCGAUGUCACUCCUGCGCGCGGUCCUUCAGUUGCCGUUGCAGCCCAGUCUGAUUCUCUUCAACGCCGCGGUGAGUGCCUGUGCCAAAGGAAAACGCUGGCAGGCUGCGAUGCGGCUGCUUGACCGUCUGGAUGGUGCCAGGCAUCCCGGCCGCCCCAGGGUGACCGGUGGCCGUUGA